AUGCUCUCUGCCGUAGAUACCUUGACCCUGGCUUCUCGUCACUGCAUCCACGCUCAAUUAGCACCCCGCGAUUCUCUCUCCCCCAAGAAUCCCGCGUCCCAGUUUCGACCUCGAACUCGCGUCACCAACACCGCGCCGCCGAAUAAGUCACAUAUAAUGGACAUUGACGAUAUCCUACGCGAGGUCGACCCAGUCUCGUACUCUAUUCCCUCCGAGACACGCGACUUACAGGCCCUGACGCGCGCUUGGGUGGCAGAGCGAACCGCCCCAGAACUUCUAGAAUGGCCUACCGGCGGUCUCUUUGAGCGCGUCAACGAUCGCAUCAAGCACCAGAUCGAAAAGGUCGAAGACAUGACGGGUGACAUGGACCCCAAGACCAACUUCGCUCUCAUCGUCAUUCAGACGGAGCUUGAGCGCUUCAAGUUCCUCGUCAGAAGCUUCCUUCGUGCUCGUAUCGCAAAGAUCGAUAAACAUGCUCUCCACUACCUCUCGUCUCCGGCCCUCCGCGCUCGUCUUUCCGAAACAGAACUGGCAUACGCGACUCGUCACCAGGCACUCCUGCAUAAUCACUAUCUUUCGUCCUUCCUUUCCUCCUUCCCGCCAAACCUGCAGAACCUCAACGAUACCGCUGGCAACAUUAGCAUGAUCGACGGGCCAGAUCUCGAUACCGCAGUCUUUAUUCGUAUGCUACGAGAUACAGAAGUGGAAGGAAAGGGAACGGACGCGGACGGCUCCGUGCUAGCGGAGAGCGCUUGUCUGAUGGUUUCCGUCAACUUGCAAAAGAGAAACACACAGCCUCACGCGCACGAAUUUGGCCCUGGUGCUAGCAACGGAAAGGCUUGGUCUAGGACAGAUACAGACAUCACGCUGCGUCCCACGGCAUAUGCCUAUCUUGCCGCGACGACUAUGCAAGUUACUCGUCCGGUCUGGACUUGGGCUGGGGCUGCUCAAGGAGAACGCAGGCUCACGUCUUGUUUACCGCGAAAAACGCCGUCGGGGCUUAAUCCGGUUAGCCAGACGAUAAUUUGGAGGUUGUAUUCCGUGGUAGACAGAGUCCCACAUCGAUGCGGCCAUCAUAUAGGAACGGAAAAUGGGAGAAUCGAGGACGCUGACUGGACACAAUUGCUCAGACUCAACCCCCACCAUAAUCACAUCACUGGCCCCACUGAAAGCCGAUCGGCAGAAGUGACCUCAGCGGCAGAUGUCACUGCUACUGACGGGCAAGACCCGACCACCGAUUCUUCUUGUGAUAUCGGAGAAAGCCAUCUUAGCAGACCCUCUUCCGUCAACUUUAUUUUCUUCCCACCCCUGAAUUUUAUGCAAACUCAACGCACGUAUCUUUUUGCACCGUCCCUCAUACGCCGUAUAAGUCGUCAGAUUACGACUUUUAGCCACAACUACCGGCGAUUGACUUCAUCACAACACAACGACAAAAUCACAAUGGAGACCCAAGUAGUAAAAGUCGAGGCCCAAGGCCUAGGGGAUUUCAGAGAUGCGGAGGGACCUGAGAGGUUAAGCAGCUGGGAAAUCGCCAACUCAGCCUCUGGCGCAUCAUUAGCCGCCCUACGAGAUGCCGCAGAAUAUCUGCGCAGCAAGGACACGCCCGUGGCAUUUCCAACCGAAACCGUCUACGGCCUCGGGGCCGACGCCACGAGAAGCGGCGCCGUCAAGGGCAUCUACUCAGCCAAGGGUCGGCCAUCAGACAACCCUCUGAUAUCGCACGUCUGCGAUCUGGACAUGUUGCGGAGCCUGCUGCGGUCCGAGAAGCAGACAAACGGUGACGCAGCAAAGGACCCGAUCCCGGAAAUCUACAAGCCGCUCAUUGAAAAGUUCUGGCCCGGACCCCUGACGAUCUUGCUGAGGAAUCCGGAACCGAGCAAGCUCGCGCCCGAAGUCACGGCGGGGUUGGCCAGCUUUGGCGUCCGGAUGCCGUCCUCGCCGCUGGCGCUGACGCUCAUCAAGCUCGCCGGCGUGCCCCUGGCCGCGCCCUCGGCCAAUGCGUCCACGAAACCGUCGCCCACGACGGCGCAGCACGUCUUGCACGACCUGGAAGAGCGCAUCGAGCUCAUCCUGGACGGCGGGGCGUGCCAGGUCGGCGUGGAGAGCACCGUCGUUGACGGCCUGUGCGACCCGCCCGUCGUGCUGAGGCCCGGCGGCGUGGGCAUGGAGGAGCUGCGGGCUUGUCCCGGCUGGGAGGGCGUCGUCAAGGCGUAUAAGGACGAGAGCGAGAUGGGCAAGGCGACGCCGCGGGCGCCGGGGAUGAAGUAUAAGCAUUACAGCCCCAAGGCAAAGGUCGUGUUGUACGAGUGGGCUUGCGAGGCUGGUGCUGAGGGUAUCAUUGCCGAGGACCUGCAGAAGGCGCUGAUCCAGCAGAAUGGCGACGUGACGACGACGAAUGGCGCCGGGCUGGGUCCGCUCAAGAUUGGUAUCAUUCGCACGAGGCGGUGGAAGAUUGCGGGUGGUCUGCACCAUGGCGCGUUGCAAGUCUCCAAGGUUCAUGUUGACGGGGCUACGGCGGCGAAUGCGAGGGACGAAGCGGCGUACGAGGUGCAGGAGGGCGAGCUUCAGGACGCAGAGGACAAGCCCAUGGCGACGAUCCUCGACAUAGAUCUGGGCGACGACAUUAAGGGGAUUGCUCAGGGGCUGUUCUCGGCUCUGAGGGAUCUGGAUAGAAGAGGUGCCAGCGUCAUCUUCGUGGACGGCAUCGACGACAGGAAUGACAUUGCAGAGGCGGUAAUGAACAGGCUCCGCAAGGCGGCCUCCGAAAUCCGAGCAUAG